AUGGCGAGAGAGUUCGUCGACCGUCCAAGCGAGAUUGUGAAUCGAAGCAUUACCCCUUUGGAGAUUCUAGACCUAACUUCAUUCAAGUCUUUUAUGGUCAAAGGAGAUAUAGAAGCUGCAGACUGUCAUCAUCUGAUACCACGAAUCAUGGCUAUGAUAUCAAUUAACCGACAAAUUUCUGGCUUGACGGUUGAUGUGGAGGUCACAGACGGCCAGACGAAGAACCGCCGGCAGUUUUUAGAAAGCCGGGUGAUCCCUUUACUAUUCGAGAGACAACAGCCACAGAGAGCAGGCGUAUGCCAAGGUGGUGUCCUCGGCUCUGCCAUAUUGAAGGCAAAAAAUAUAGGAAAACAAGACACCGUAAUUAGCCAGGGGAUCGAAGGAGAAGAUCUCAAGGCACUGGAAGGUCCCGCCGGCGCAGCAAAGGCUCGCCACGCAGAAAAUAAACGGAAGAGAGAAGAGAUAGAGACGGCGAAGAAGAGGGAGACUGAAGAAAAUAGCAGGAUAUAA